GGUAAAAUAACGACGGAAAGAAAAACAACAGAAGUGUCGGUUCCCGUUGAGCGGCGGCACCGGCACCGGCCAACCGGGAGGAAGCAGGUCCACCGAGGGGCGCAGCAUGUGGCAGGAAGGCCCAGAGGCAGACCGCGCCGGAGUCUGACUGGAUCACUAUUUGGCAAGAGGCAGAAAGGCGGGACUCGGCGGUGGAAGAAUUUUUGUCUUCAGCGCAAAAUCCGCGUCAAGAUAACCAUGGUCAGGCCGCCUGGUUUCCGGCGGGGCCCCAUCUUGGCUCGGUUAUCUUGACGCAGCGGGAAUCGAACGGAGGCAAAGCGGAUCGAUUCGCAGCCUCGGCGGUUGAUCGGGUUCGUGCGGGGGCGCUGAUCGGCUCAACGCAGCGUUUCCUCAUCGACUCCACCAGCUGAGACGUCUCCUCGGUCUCCAGGUGUUAGUCUGUACCCGGCCUGGAUGCAGCCUGUCCGGAGCCCGGCCUAAUUCCUGGUGCUCCUUCUUUCCCUCCACCUCCUCCCUCCUUUCCCUACCCUCCUCCCCCCUGCUCCCUCCUUACAUUCCCACCCACCCCCCCUCUCACAUUAACACACCUGAAGUGACCCAGGCCUGUGUCACACACAUACACUCCAGCAUUUAACCUGGACCAGCAGCCUGGCUGGCUGCCCCCUACAGGUGGAUGAAUGAAGACCCCAUUCAAGAGCCCAGCGGCCCCGCGGCCCCGAACAGACGGCGGACAUUCAGGUGUGUCUGCAAACAUGAUGAAGAAAAAGAACUCGCACAAGAAGCAGAGGACCAGUGUUGGUCCCAGUAAAACUCUGUCUCCGCCCAGGAGGAACAUCGUGGGCUGCAGGAUCCAGCACAUCUGGAAGGAGGGAAGUAAGUCGUCUCAGUGGAAGGGGACGGUCCUGGACCAGGUCCCCGUUAACCCCUCCCUCUAUCUGAUCAAAUACGACGGCUUCGACUGCAUCUACGGCCUGGAGCUGUACAGUGACGAGCGGGUGGUGGGGCUGGAGGUGCUGCCCGACAGAGUGGCUCCGGCCCGUGUGAGCGACUCGCUGCUGGCGGAGACGAUGAUCGGGAAAGCGGUGGAGCACAUGUUUGAGACGGAGGACGGGCCGAAGGAGGAGUGGCGGGGGAUGGUUCUGGCUCGAGCGCCCAUCAUGACGGCCUGGUUCUACAUCACAUACGAGAAAGACCCGGUUCUCUACAUGUACCAGCUGCUGGACGACUACAAGGAGGGAGACCUCCGCAUCAUGCCCGACUCCAACGACAGUGUGGCGGCGGAGCGGGAGCCCGGCGAGGUGGUCGACAGUCUGGUGGGCAAACAGGUGGAGUACGCCAAAGAGGACGGCGGGAAGAGGUCGGGGAUGGUCAUCCACCAGGUGGAGGCCAAACCCUCCGUCUACUUCAUCAAGUUCGAUGACGACUUCCACAUCUACGUCUACGACCUGGUCAAGACGUCCUAAGACCAGGAGACCUGGUCCAGAACGUCCCUCAAAGACUUAACGAGUCCUGAUCCACCCCCAACAUUAACCCCCCGCCCCCCCGCCCAGUGAAGAAGAACCACAGCUCGGGUUUAAAACGUCCUGAGACUCAUCACGAUCUGUGGAGACGCCAUUAUUUCUGUUCUUUACUCUCGUCUUUGAUGAAACGCCUUAAAAACAGAAAAGAAACAAAACGUUCCCUUACGUUCAAACGACAAACCAGCUACAGGUGGUGAGACGAGUGUCGACUCGUAGUUGUUCAUCAUCUCUGUCGCAUUUAUAGACGACCAGUGUCUCUGCGUCUGAUGGUUUGGUGUGAAUCCUGAGAGGACUCGAUCCUGAGACCCUCCAGUCGACACGUCAACAGAACGACCUCCGUCUCGUGGUGGGCGGGGCUUCAGCUCUGAGUCUGACGGGGUCAAUGAAGGAACGAGACGUCAGGAUCCCCCUGAACUCUCUGAACCAUCAGGUUCCAUCGUGUCUCCAUCUGCCUUUACAGGGGCGGACGUGAGGAGCACGUGUCCAAUCACAGAGCAUUACUGACCCCGCCCCCCCUGCUGGUCACCUGUUGACUUGCAGCCGCUGUGGAGAAACCGGAGGACACAAACUCUGUGAUCAUCUGUUUCUGUCUGUUUGAUCCCACAUUUCCCACGAUGACUUUCAGCUGCCAGACGUACGUGAUCAUCGAGGAACCGUCAGGUCGUCGUUCUCCUGACGGACGGAUCCAUCAGGACAGUUUUAAGUUGAACUUUUUUUUAAAACUUGUUUGUUUCUGUUUCAGCCUCAGUUUCAUUUUUCAACAAAAAGCUUCGACUUGUGUUUUUUUUUAUUUUCAUCUGAUGUUUUUAUAUUUGUGCCAAAAUAUUUCCAGAAAGUAUUAAGUGUUUUUGAGCCUCGGUGAAAAAGAUCGUUAUGAUGAUGCUGCAUCAGUUACUGAUACUUUGAACACCAUUUAAUAAAUGACUGUAAAUGUGAAAUACUGGGGGGAGGGGGGGGUAUCUCCUCAUCAGAUCUUAAUGGUAGAGAAUGUCCCGAAAUGUAAGUUUCUCUCGGUUCUGAAUUGAUCUGUCCACAAGUUUAAUAAAAACCAAAACAAGGUCAGAAUAAGACAUUAUUGCCCCGCCCCCCCACCGCAGGUUCCGACGCUGGACGUUUAAUAAAAAUCUGCAGUUUUUCUGUUUUCACAUCGUGGAACUGGAACUUUGUUUUCUCUGUAAUCGUCAGUUCUGUUCCAGCUCUGGAUUUUCUUCGAUCAGAAAGUCGAGGAUUCGUCUGUGUUUGAUUAUUGUUUUUAUGACUGUAACAUGCCGACUGACAAAUCACUUCACAGCUCCCGAUAGAGAUUUCAAGAAUUCAGACCAAUGGGAGCUUGAAGAAACUUUCUCAAUCAUCUCACAUCCCACCAAUCCUCCGCUCUCAGCCCAUGUAGCUCCGCCCACCAAACACCUGAUGCAGAAACUGUCGCCUUUACCCGAAAAGAAAAUGUUUCAGAAAAGAUUUUCUCUCUGAUUCCAACUGAUUUACAUUGAGCGCGUUCCUGGUGAGAAUCUAUAAUCUGUGUUCCACAACAUCUAGAACCUUAUCUACUUCAGCGCUGAUCUGGAAUCUGCUGCUUGCAGACGUCCCGACAAAGUGAUUCUAGAAACUGGAGACUCUGGAAAGUUUAUUCUGUGGAAGAUUUGAAAAAAUACCUUCUCAUCAUGGAACCUUCAGUUUCUGAUUCCAGAACAGGAACCGUCUGGCUCAGGACAAGAUGUCGGUCCCACGGUUUUAUUAGCAUCCUCUUCUAGAACCUGUGGUUUGUGUUCACUGUGUUUAGAACCCUCCCACUCUGACUUAAAAACAAUACCGACUUUUCUGAAACUGUUCUGAAUCUAGAACACAGCUGGUGUGGAUGUUUGUCUAAUGUUGUUUAGGACAAUUUACUUAAAUCAUUUGUUCUGGUUCUAGAAUCUGUUUUUUGACCUUUAAAACAUUGUUGAACAUGUGUUUUCUCGGUAGAAGCCACACGUUCUGAUUCUAGAACACAUUAAAUGGUUCUUCACGUCCAGAGAGGAGACAUUUUCAGAGAUUAUAACAAAGCUGUUUUGUGGAUCUAAAUGUUAGAACUUGUCAGAACUGUUCUGGAAUCAGAAGCCAUCAGUUUCAGAGGGUCAGUGAUCAGUGGAAUAAUCAAUCAGUGGAUUGACAGACAGUUAAUCGGGAACGUUUUUGAUAAAUGUCUCAUCUGAAAUGUUUCUCACGUCAGACACUUGAUGUCGUCAGCUCUAACAAACUAGUUUGUUUGUGUUUAAUUUUCCAAUAAGGAUUAAUUGAAGAAUUGAAUAAAUUGACAAAUUAACAAAACAGUAACAACCACUUUGUGAUUAAAUAAUAAAGACUCGUCCACUGAGGUUUGUUAAUCUCCUCAUGUGGUCGUCUGUCACCAACACGUGACGUGUCCACACGAUUCAGUUCGUCUGACGCAGAGAAAUUAUUUUAUUACUUUUACAGUUAACGUUAAUGUGGAUGUUGUUGAGAGGGUUACCCACAAUGCAUCUGUCUUCAGGCUAAAAUCCACAGGAUGUUUGGACUGUAGUGAGCCUCCUGGGUGUGUGUGUGUGUGUGCGUGUGUGUGUGUGUGUGUGUGUCAGCCUGUUCAGAGCAGUGUUGUUUUUGCAUGCCUCUAUAGCUCUGUGUAAAUCGAUGUGAGUUGCAUGUCUGUGUAGUUUUCAGUUGAUCAGCUGAUUCUGUCGUCGUCGCUUUGGUGCCUUUUCAUUUCAGUUCUCUUUCUUUUCUCUGUUAUAUUUUGUACUUUGUGUCUGAGGCUGGUAUUUUAUGGUUAUUGAGCAAAAAUAAAAAAAUAAAAAGAAGAAAUCCUCGUCCAAACAGAAGAGACAUCAGUUAUCAUGAGCGAGUGGGGGGUGAUGGCGGCUGUGAGUUCUGUUUUUGGUGGAUUGUCCCUUUAAAGAGUGCCAACUCCAGAUGCCAGUGUUGUACAGCUCAGUGAAAAACUCACUAUUUACUAAAAUAAACAGUUUCUGUUGUUUUUCA